CUGCCUAAGCAACAUUGAUCUGAACGAGACAUGGGUAAGGAACAGAUGAUCUUCUAAUUUCCAUCAUUUGUUGCCGGCCUACACAGGCCUGCAAUAGAAAAUCUCUUCAUAACCCUCUAAUCCUUCCUAUAAAUACCUUUUUGUACUAUGAUUGCUACUCAACAACCCCAAAACAAGUCCUAAGUAGGUUAUAAUUCCCAUUUGCAUUACAUUUUUAUUAAAACACAAAUACCAACAUUGUGUACCAUGGCCUUUCACACACUCAAGCAUGGCUUCUUCCUAGUGGUACUAAUCCUAGCAAUUUCCCGAACAUUGAAUGCCGGCGACGCCGAUAUCAUUUCUGACUUCUUGAUCCCUGCAAAUGUUACCAUAGUAGACAGCAACUUCUUCACCUACACCGGCUUUCGGGUACUUGUAGAUGCAGACCCACCUACAACGUUUAAGGUCACAAAAGCGAGUAUGGCUGAGUUCCCAGCGCUCAAUGGUCAGAGCGUCUCGUUUGCAGUUCUACAAUACCCAGCUGGAUCAGUAAACCCGCCCCAUACCCACCCCCGCUCAGCCGAGCUCCUGCUACUCUUGGAUGGGUCUCUAGAGGUGGGGUUUGUCGACACAACUAACAAACUUUACACCCAGACCCUCGAGGCAGGUGACAUUUUUGUAUUCCCUAAGGGACUGGUACACUACCAAUACAAUUCUGAUGGUCAAGUUCCAGCACUUGCCAUCUCGGGCUUUGGAAGUGCGAAUGCUGGAACAGUGUCAGUUCCUGGCACUGUCUUCACCACAGGCAUUGACGAUGUCAUCCUUGCAAAAUCUUUCAAGACUGACGAUGCCACAGUUAAGAAGAUCGAGGCUGGACUUGCACCCAAGGCUUAA